UGUGUUUGGCAGGAUAACGGACCUCUCGGUAGAUUAUUUAUUUGCCUAGAUAAGAGAAAAAGAGAUCUGUGCGAAGAUGCUUCUCAGAUGCUGUCAUAUUCAAAAAUUACUCUGGAUUUUGAUCAUCGGAGAACCUGUUUUAAGUGACAAUGUGCAGAAAGCAGUGAAUAGUGAAGCUAAAUUCACUCCUCUCUCUGGAUCUGUUCCUGCCAGUACCAUCAGCAUUUUAUGGAAACACAGAGACAAUGCUGGAAUUGUUGUCAAAGUCAUUGAAUGGGACAGCAGUGAAGGCAGCACUGAAAUUCCCAAUGCAAAAUUCAAAUCCCACGCAAGUCUGGACAAAAACACUGGAGAACUUACAUUGCAAAAUCUACAGCUCAAACACUCUGGAGUUUAUUAUACUGAAAUCAACAGUAAAGAGCAAAGACGAAAUUUCCUUUUGACUGUUCUCGAGCCUGUUCACAAACCUCAUAUUACAAAAGAGUGCUCAAGAGAUCCUCCUGUAUGUCACAUGACCUGUGAGGGUGAUGUCACUUCUGAAAGCACAAUCACCUGGAAGAAUUCUGCAGGACAAACGCUGAAUGGACAAGAUCAGAAUACAAGAUUAACCGUGACCAACAGCAGUAACCCAGACACCUACUACACCUGCACGCUCCAGAACGCAGUGAGCGAAGAGACCAGUGAUCCAGUCCAUGAGAGAGAUCUGUUUACUGAUUCAAAGGUAGGAAUUGCCUUUGGGAUUGUAACUGGUCUGCUUGUGAUCAUCCUUCUAACUGUUAUCCUCAUUCAUGUUCGUAAUGCUGUUUGCCGUGGAAGACACAAGAAUUACAGGAAAUGACAGCCACCCAGUUCACCCAUUUGGCUGCUUGAGUCCCAUCAGAUGCAAUCCACAUGUGGAUCUUCUUGAGUGCUCAUCUCCCUGCUCAUCGGACUCUAAAUGCUAGCAUUACUAAAGACACUGGACCUCUCCAUUUUAACGGCACAAUCGCUUUGACUGUUGUUUAAUUUUUACAUUUCUGUCUUCAGGGCCAAUUUAAGGAUAAGACUAACAGUGUUAUAAUGGUGUGUAGAAUUGAAUAUUAGUUUAUUUUAUUUUAACUUCACUUAACCAGGCAAGAACAAGAUUGCUUACAAUAAUUACUUGCCAAGAAGAUAAUUGUCUUCUUGACUGUGUUGGUCUAACCUUGGAAGUCAUAGAGUGUAAAUAAAUAUUGAGUUUGUUAUGUUUUAUGUGUUUGUUCAUGUGUUUCAUGUCAUGUGAUUUCAUGUUUCCCUCCAUGUUCAUGUGUCUUGCAUUCAUUGGUUAAUUGUCUUAUUACUUUGCAAUCAGUUCUGUCUUAUCAUUGGCUAACUUGAUUGUCUUGUUACCCUUGUCCAUGUAUUUAAGCCUCGUGUUUGCCAUUAUCCAUUGUCAGAUGUUGUUUGGUAGGCAAGGCAUAGGGUUUUUGGAGUUCAUGUUUUGAAAUAAAACUGCUCUUUGGUUCAUCAGGCAUCAUCAUCUCUUUGUCCGCCUGUUGCUAGCCAUCGUUACAAUUUUAUAAUAAGAAAGCAUCAAAGACAUUUUUCUGACAAUAAAAUCUGAACUGUUAAAGUUCAAACUUUAAAAACUGUAUAAUAAUGAAUGAAUCAAAUUCAGGCAAUGAAUGAAGACAGGCUGAAUGUAGUGGUGACACAUUUGGUAUGGUGUUUUAAGUUUAUAUUUAAACUCAUAAAACUGUGAAACCAAGCAUGUAGGGUAAACUGGGCUUGUUGUCACAAGGGCUAUUUGAUCUAUAUAAUAUCUUCCUUAAGCAGUGGAUUUGUAUGUUGGUUUCAUAUAUGGUCCAAAACUGUUAUAAAAUAGAUUUUUUAUUUAUAUAUAUAUAUUAGGGCUGUCGAUUUAACGCGUUAAUUCAGUGUGAUUAAUUUGACUAAAAAUAACGUGUUAAAAGAAUUAAUGCAAUUAAUCGCAAUGCCCCCUGACUGUAAUAUAUAAGAUUCCUGAGAAAUGCAAGUUUGUAGUACCACCUGUUUACUCCAGAGAGCAGUUAAGUGAAACUUCAGCUGUGUGGUAACAUGCAGUUUAUACACUGAAGAAAAACACCCUUGAGCAGCAGAACAACACAAACAUGCGAUACGUUCUUGCGUUCAAAACACUUGAUGGAGCGCAAAUCCGAACUAAGGUAUCUCAAGAUGUGUUCUAAGUAUUAAACUAUAUUUAACUUGACACAGUGACCUAAACAUUUUAUGUUUAUGAAGCAACACACCCAAGAUGCUACACAAGCAUGUCUGACGCAGGUGUAAAUUGAUGGGUCCUUAAACAAGCCCUCAUAAUAAAUCUCCAACUGAUUGACAAAUUCACUUGUGAAAUGGAUUGCUGUGAACUGUAUGCCAACGAUUUACUUAUGUUCUUAACUUAUG